AUGUUGAGGAAUCUUGACUUCAAUUUAAUCAGCGAGAUACAAAAUAAAGCUUUCUUUGGAUCUGAAAUUGCCAAACUGAGUUUGAAAGGAAACACGCAGCUUCAAACCAUUCAUGAAGAAGCUUUUUUGGGUUUGAAAAAUAUCCGUUCUCUGGAUCUCUCUGAAACAAGCAUAAGUUCUUUACCAACCAAGGGCUUAGAAGAACUGGAAGUACUCAAACUGACGGAAGUUUAUCCGUUGAAAGUGUUCCCCUCUGUUUACCACUUCAAGUACAUCAAGGAAGCAUAUUUGACCUACCCCUAUCACUGCUGUGCUUUUAAAUUUCCAGCCACGCAUGAUCCAGAAGAAUUCUCUAAGUAUACAGCUUUCAAAGAAAAUGUGCAGAAACGUCGAGCUGAAUGGGGUGGCGUACCUAAGUCACCAAAUACAAUAUUUUAUCAAGACUAUUGGCUAAACAUGACUGACACAGAAGAUUUCUUUGGAAACCAUUUACACUUAAAAAGACGGAAACCUGGCCUCCAGAAGAAUAUACCCGAGAAUCCUUUUGAAGGAGUAUUCCAUGGCACAACCGUUGCUGUGAUAUCCGAAGUUGAACUCGAAGCAUUCUGUGGACAACUCUCUAAAAACUACCGCGAUGUGGAAUGCUUUCCAUCUCCAGAUGCAUUCAAUCCUUGUGAAGAUGUCAUGGGGAAUACGUUGUUACGAAUCGCUGUUUGGAUAGUUGUGGUGACGUCUGUCAUGGGUAACGUAGCUGUCAUGGUUGUACUUAUGAGCACAGGAGCCUGCAACAGCGUCUCCAAGUUCCUGAUGUGCAAUUUAGCAUUUGCAGAUUUCUGCAUGGGAGUUUAUUUACUGAUGAUAGCUGCCAUGGACCUACACAGCAUUGGCACAUAUUUCAAUUACGCCAUAGACUGGCAACAUGGAUAUGGAUGCCAAGUGGCGGGAUUCUUAACGGUCUUUGCUACUGAGUUAUCCAUCUACACUCUAACAGUCAUAUCCGUAGAACGCUGGUAUGCCAUUACAUAUGCCAUCAAUCUAAACAAGCGUUUAAAACUGCGAAGAGCUGCCAACAUAAUGUCAGCCGGUUGGAUCUUUGCUCUCACCAUGGCUUUCUUACCCUUAGUCAACGUGAAUGGUUUCUCCCGAACGAGUAUCUGCCUUCCAAUGAAGAACCAGAAUGUAAAAGACGUCAUCUACCUUAUGGUGCUGCUGGUGACCAAUUCUUUGGCUUUUGCUUUCAUCUUCUUCUGCUAUGGCAACAUGUACAUGUCAGUAAUACGGCAUCAGAGUCGAGCUACAGCAAAUGACAUGGCAGUGGCAAAACGAAUGGCCAUGCUGGUGAUCACAGACUUCUUGUGCUGGGCUCCUGUGGCGUUUUUUGCCACCACUGCUGUUUCAGGAUAUCCUCUGAUAGAUGUCACAAAAUCGAAAAUUCUUUUGGUGUUCUUCUACCCACUGAACUCGUGUGCCAAUCCUUUCUUGUAUGCCAUCUUCACCACACAAUACAGGCGUGAUUUUUUAACCUUGCUCAAUCGUUGCGACUGCUUUAAGGAAUGGACGCGAAACAAGAAGGAUCGAUAUUCUUCCUGCAAUGUUCCACCUUUGCAAUUUUCUGACGGCUCUCGUCACUGGCACCAUAACAACUCUUGUUCCUCCCAGAUGUCUACAGAUAAUUCCAUGAAGGUGCUACGCCCCAGCGAUCUCAGCAGUCAACAAGAUGUUUUCUCAAAUUCUGGGUGGGAGGACCAGGAUGUUGAAGAUGUCAUCAAUCUGUGGUCCAGUGUAUUUCCUCACAGAGAAUCAUCAUCUAGUGAGGAUAGUGGUCAGUGUUGCAAAAAUUACAGCAGCAGUUCUCACAGUACCACAACACACAAAGGCUCUCCUCAUCCAGUCAAGCACAGAUUUGUCCAUUUAGAAAUGCCCACUAUAUUGAGUCCAGAUCAACCUAUGUUUCAUACAACAAAAAUGUAG